AUGUCCCAGGAACCCACAAUAGACUCCCUUUUGCUGUUCCUUUUUCUGAGCCAUGGGGUGGCAAGUCGUGGAGUUUCCAGUUCCACGCAGGAUUUGCAUCCAUUGUUGCAGAAAAUGGCGGGAGAAAUAAUAGAGGGAAGCUAUCUGAAUGCAUUGCUGGAUUUCAUGCAGUUUCAAAGCUCCCAUGUGUGGACGGCAGACCUGUCCCACCAAGUCCUGGCCUACCUGCAUUCACGGGAUGCUGCCUUCACCAUCCCCAGCCUGCAGGCAGCAAUGGAGAACCACCUGGAGCAGCAUUUGUACCAGCCACAGAAGCUGCUGGAAGACCUAAGGAAUACGGAUGUGCAGCAGUUCCACACAGCCAUGAAGUACCUCUCAGAGGACGGGAAAGGCCGUGUGAACCUGAACGAUGUGGUGGUCAUAGACUUGGGAGGGAUGCGAGAGCAAGCCUUGCAGAGCCCCGGAGUGAACCGCAGCUUGUUUUUCGUCACGUUGGAGAGGUGUUUCCAGGUGUUGAACCCCCUGGAGUGUGUGGAGAUCCUGCGGAAGAUGUUGAGCGGGUCCCCGGGGAGCUUGCUGCAGCCGGACAUCGCGGAGCGCCUGCCCCGGGACCUGCGCCAGGACGUCUUUAAGAACCUCUCUGCAGUGUUCAAAGAUGUCUAUGACCAAACCUCGGCUCGUGGCCAGAGAGCCCUGUACUCCUGGAUGGCAGGGGUUCUAAAGCUGUAUUCCAACUUCACAGAUGCCUCUGUUUCAUGGGUCAGUGCAGAAAACCUAUGGAUUUUGGGCAGAUAUAUGGUUCACCUGUCAUUUGAAGAAAUCAUGAAUAUUAGUCCCGUAGAGAUGGGGCUGUUCAUCAGCUACGACAAUGCCACAAAGCAGCUGGACACCGUCUAUGACAUCACGCCCGAGCAGGCCAGAGCAUUGCUGGAAAGGGUCAGCUCCUCCGGCUUUGACGUGAGGAACACCUCCACCAUGCACAGGUUGGGGUUGCUGGUUUGUUUCUACGAUAAUCUGGAGGCCCUGGAUGCCACCGUGGCCCAAGUCCUCCUUCACCAGAUGAUCAAGUGCGGCCACCUGAGAGGCUUCCAGGCUGCUGUGCAGAAGCUCAAAGCCGACCUGCUCGACAUUGCCACGGAGAACCAGACCCUGAACGAGAGCCUGGGGUCUCUGUCCGACGCGGUUGUGGGCUUGACCCACAGGCAGCUGGAGUCCCUCUCCCCGGAAGCCGUGCAGGGCGCCAUCGCCACCCUCAGUCAGGUCUCGGGCUGGACUCCGAGCCAGCUGCUCAUCUUGGCUGCCAAGUACUUGGCCCAGGAGAAGGUGCUGUCCUUUUCCGUUGCCAGCCAGAUGGGCGUACUGCUUGCUGGUGUCGGCACCCAGGUCCUCCACAGCAUGGAACUCAGGGACCUCUGGCAGAUGCUGCGAGGCGCCGGCUCCCACCACAUGUCCAGCUUGUCUCCUGUGCAGCGGCAGGCUGUUCUCAGGAAGGUGAUCGGAGCAGGAGACACUGCCCCAGGAGUGGUGGAGAUACAAGGGGCUUUCUUUAAGGAAGUAUCACUCUUCCGAUUAUGGACAGAACCUGGGCUCAACGUGACGAUGCUAAAGGAAAAGGAACUCAGGCGGAGCCAGGCCUUGUUCCUGUAUGAGCAGCUGUCAGAGACGACUGAGAGGCCAGAGGAACUCCUGAGCACUGGACAGUUGGUGAAAGGCAUGACCUGCUUGCACAUCAACACCAUGGAUGCCAACUCCUUUCUGGCUCAUUUCCAGCGUUUUGAGAAUAACCUCUCCCUGCUUUCACCGCAUCAGGUUAACUGUCUGGCAUGGAAAUACUGGGAUGUGGCCAGGUCAUCUGUGCCGCCUUUCCUCUUGGCUGCCCUCCCUGCGCGCUACCUGGCUUCGAUGCCAGCCUCCCAGUGUGUGCCCUUCCUCAUCAGCCUGGGAAAGAGACGGCUGCAUUCCUUGGUUUUAGAUUCCUACAAAAGGGACUUGGUCAUCAGGAAAGUUCAGCAGUGCCUGGAUAACUCCAUUGCUGAUGACUACACCGUGGACAUCGUGGGACACCUGCUGUGUCACUUGCCGGCCGCUAUGAUCAGCACAGGGAUCUCACCCAAGGCCUGGGCCACAGCGCUGCACACUCUCAGAGGCUGCCUGCACCUCAGCCCCGAGCAGAAGGUUGCCAUGAGGCUCAGGCUCCUGCAGGAAUUCGGAUUGCCUGGGAAUUGGACAUUGGAGACGAUGAAGGACUUGGGACCCUUUCUCGUGCUUUUCUCAAGAGAAGAAUUAAGCCCCAUUGCCACACAGUUUCCCGAGGUCCUUCAACAGGCAGCUUCCCAAAUGGGUGCGACCUUGCCCCCUGCAGAGUUCCUCUGGGUUGUUUUUGAAUCUGUUUGGAACAGCAGUGACCACAGCCCCAGCUCCAAUCCUGCCCCUGGUUGCCACGGAGUCAUACCUCCCUCUUCCCUUGACAUCUUCAAGUUGGCCGAGGCCAACACCUGCUGGGCCCCCGAGGACCUGCUCUGCAUGGAGGGUGACACUUUCCUUAGGAGCGUGGAGCUGCUGGGGGCGGUCCAGGGGUUCAGCCACACUCAGCUGACAGCGCUGAAGGACAAGGCGGUGCAGCUUUGGGACACACCUUCGUAUUGGAGAAAGCACCACGUAGUGUCCCUGGGGCGCAUUGCUCUGGCUCUGAAUGAGAGUGAACUGGAGCAGCUGGACCUCAGCUCUGUAGACACGGUGGCUUCCCUUAGCCAGUACACAGCAUGGACCCCAGGACAGGCCAAAUCUAUUCUGCAAGGGUUCCUGGCGGAUUCAGGCUAUGGUGUCCAGGAUCUGAAGAGUUUUCAUUUAGUAGGACUUGGUACAAUCCUGUGUACCAUGGACAUCACUGAUAUCCCACUGAUAAAGAUCUCAGAAUUCAGGGAAGUGGUGGCCAGAAUUGGGACCCUGUUCUGCAGCCCUCCCAUCUUGACGGAGUUUAAGAGGAAAGCAGCAGUUGUGUUUGGAGAUCCCAGCGAGUGGACCAGCUCCGUCUUGCAGGAGCUUGGAACCAUUGCAGCUGGAUUAACUAAGGCAGAGCUGCGAACCCUCGACAAGGAUUUGAUGCCGUAUUUCCAGCCAUCAGCAAUAAAAUGCCUUCCCGAUGAGAUAUUCAAAGAGCUGUCGUCGGAGCAGAUCGCCUCCCUGGGCCCGGAGAACGCGGCUGCGGUGACCCCGGCCCAGCGCCGGGGACUCGGCGUGUCGCAGCUGCAGAGCCUCCAAUGGGCACUAGAUGGUGCCAAGACCCACUCCUGGCUGGACUCGUCCGACAGUGCCAGCCCCAGCAGGUCCCCAUCGCGGGCACCCCCAGCCACCCAGGUCACCUCUACGGAGGUAACCAACGUCAGGAAAUUUCUGUGUGUCCAGAGGCAUGCCACGUGA